ACACUGUAUAAAGUUCUUCUGCAUUGUGGAAAGACAGUCUGUAUCUCUGCUUGAAAAGAAUUCCACAGGCAUACAAGCAUGAGCAGAAAUAGAGAGAGAGUCAUUGAAGCAGUGGAAAGUUGCUUUUCAGAGAAUGAAAAGACUUCCCCAGAAGAUAUGCUGUUUUCUUACAGAGGUAUUUUGUACCCUACUGCAUUUAGCAGCCCAGAAACUUUGGAAGCUCUGAAAUCCCUUGAAAUCAGGAGCGAUGAUGUGAUUCUAGCAGGCUAUCCUAAAACAGGAACCAACUGGCUUGAAGAAAUGGUGAGGGAGCUGGAAUCAGCAGAUGCUAAAUAUACGGAAGAAGAAAUGAAAGAGAGGAUAAAUGCUGAAAAGGAGCUACAGAUGUUUCCACGUCUAGAGUUUGGAGAUCCUGGAAUAUAUGAGAGGAUGAAGAAACUGCCUUCCCGAAGAAUCAUUUCAACCCAUCUGCAUCCUCAUCUCCUGCCCUUCUCCAUUCUCCAAGGAAAGGCUAAGGUCCUUGUGCUACUUCGGAACCCCAAAGACACGGCCAUCUCCUAUUACCACUUCUACAACAACAUGCCAGUGCUGCCAUCCUUUGCCUCCUGGGAUGAGUACUUUGCAGCUUUCAUGAAUGGGAAAUUGGCCUGGGGAUCCUACUUUGACCAGUUAGUGGAAUGGAACCGAUACAUUGACCAUGAGAAGAUCAUGAUGAUAAGCUAUGAGGAACUGAAAGAGGACCCAGUACUGGGAAUGAAAAAGAUUGCUGCCUUCUUUGGGUUCUCCCUGGGUGAGGAACAUUUUCACAGAAUUGCCAAGAAGACCAGUUUCCAAGCCAUGAAAGAGAAAUCCAAGGAAACCCAUGGUAAAUUUGGGGACAUCCUCUUCCGUAAGGGCAUUGUUGGGAGCUGGAGAGACCUCUUCUCUAAAGCUCAGAAUGAAGAAAUGGACCGAAAAUUUGAAGACUCCAUAGGGAGAACAAAGCUGGCAGCAAAGAUUAAAUACAACGUGUACUGCAAGGCCUGAAAAUGAGCAGAAGAGCAGCAAGUUCUUCCCCAAAGGUGAUUCUCCAACAGUGGCCGGUCACCAUGAGAAAAGAGAGGAAACCCUCAGAGAUUGGCCUGGCACCUCUAAACAUUCGGGCUGUAAUUCUUAGGCUUGUGCUGUGCCUGCGGCCUGGCUGUUGCUUAAUGCAAACGAAUAAAAUGAGUGCAUUCCUUCAGUGAGUGCCUGACAUCCUUCCAGGAGAGAGAUGGUGCAUGGGCAUCAUAGCACCAGUCUCGUGGUGUCGUUGUGGCUGCCUCACAGCCUGAGACUGUGAGGGAGGCUUCUGCAGUGGUCAGUGGUAAGGGAGAGGGGCCUCCACAGGGACCUUCCUCCUGGGAGACAGUGGGCUUGACAUGCAUUUGUGGUGUGGGUCUGAACCCACAAAUGUCUGUGUAGAUAGAGGGUGCAUGGUGCUACUGGAAGGGUGUCUAUGUUGAGAGUUGUAUGCAGGAAGACAAUCCAACACCAUCAGGUUGUGGCCAUAAGCAGAGGCUCCAGAGGUGAUCCUGUGUGGUACAGGCUCUACGCCUUCUUGGGUCUUGAAUGCCGCAAGCUCUCUCAUACACCUUGGCUGGCUUCAUGCUGAAGUUCCUGGGAGGACUGAAAUCCUUUGCUGAUCAGCAACAUCCCUGCCCUUGCUGCUCAGCAUGUCAGGAGUUAGCUACUUUUUCUCACUCAGACUUUCCUUACAGACAGGGGCUGAUCCUGGAAAUCCAUUUCUUAUCCCUUACCAUCCCUUCAUCACACAACCCUGCCUGACAGACCUCUCUGGGCAAUGUAAAUCCUUUGACGUGGAGGUUCCACAAAACUAUGACAUCCCCUUUAGUUCACUGAGGCUGACUGUGUUAGGUUAUGAAUGGUGAACAGACUGAAGUUGUUUGAUGUGGAGUUAGGAAGGAAGCAGGUGCCUAAGGGAAGCUUUGAAAAGAAGGGAGAGCUGCAGCCUUGAAUGGUAACUCUAUAUUUGCAUUCCUGGUACAGCAAAGUGGUUACUUUGAAGAAACAUUUGCAACUGCUGUAGGAGG